CAGUUCUGCCGCCUGCCUCAACACAAUAUAUGCGGUGGUUUAUGGCUCCUGACUGCGUGAUUUUUAGCACAAACGGUAUUACCCGUGUCAAAAUACUCUCGGUGACUGUGAGAUCUAGAAGCCAAAUAAACAAAUCCGAACUGUAUGUACUUAGAAGAACCCUAAAUGCACCAACAUGUCUUUAUAAUGGGGAAUGGCCUCUAGUGGAAGCACACAUAAACACCCACUUGUCCUUACACGCUGCUUUCAUAUUAAGUCCCGAACGUCCUGCCUCGACACUAUAACAUAAGAGGAUGUCCAACCCUGAGAAAUGACGCCCCCAUUCCCCCCCUGAGCAGUGGGAAAACACACUACAGCAGUCCGGAGCAGAGCAGCUGCGCCAGAGUGCGGCGCAGCCGGGGUGGAGAUACGCGAACGCCGCCGCUCUCAGUGCCGUUCUCCGGCUCCACUUGAGACGAGCCCUCUUCUCUUCGCCUCUUGCCUUCAUUUUCCCAACGUUAUACUAGGAGAAGAGGACGUGGCGCGUCUGCAUACUGGACGUAGACACUAGCCUACCGUGCGCAUACGGGGCGCGUAAAACACGGCGCUCCAUACAGACUUGACGCGCUUUGAUGUCAUCCGGCGGUUCAGGGUCGGAUCGUUUCAUUUAUAACAUUAAACUAGACGCAUAUCAUAUCAAGAGUUAUCAUUACUCGCUUGCGGUCAGACAUGGAAGAUGGUCCGCCUUCCACAAGCUGUUUCCGAAGGUUCACGGACUGUUUCCUUGGCUCAAGUCUGACAGAUGAGAAAGUGAAGGCUUAUCUCUCCCUCCACCCGCAAAUGCUGGAUGAGUUUGUGCUGGAGAGCGUGAGUGCAGAGACCGUAGACAGAUGGCUGAAACGGAAGAACAGCAGCCAGCCUGCAGAUGAAUCUUCAGCUAAAGAAGUUAGCAGGUACCAGGAUACGAAUAUGCAGAGCGUGGUAUAUGAGCUCAACAGCUACAUGGAGCAGCGGCUGGACACUGGAGGAGACAACAAACUACUGCUUUAUGAGUUGUGCAACAUCAUCAAAACAGCCACAAAAGCUGAUGGAUUUGCACUUUACUUCCUUGGAGAAUGCAACAAUAGUUUAUGUUUGUUCACUCCGACGGGGGCAAAAGAGGGGCUUCCUGGGCUCAUCCCCUCUGGUCCCAUCACAUUUGGGACCACCAUCGCCGCUCACGUUGCAAAGACACGCAGGACACUACUUGUAGAGGACAUCAUGGGGGACGAGAGGUUCCCUCAUGGCACAGGGCAGGACUCAGGGAUUCGUGUACAUUCUGUUUUGUGUCUACCCAUCCUCACCGCCAUCGGAGACCUCAUCGCUAUCCUGGAGCUGCACCGGCACUUGGGCAGAGAGCCCUUCAACCUCAGCCACCAGGAGGUUGCAACAGCAAAUUUGGCCUGGGCAUCUGUAGCCAUACACCAAGUCCAGGUCUGCAGAGGUCUUGCCAAACAGACAGAACUCAACGACUUUCUCCUAGAUGUGUCAAAAACGUACUUUGACAACAUAGUGGCAAUAGAUUCUCUACUUGAACAUAUCAUGAUAUAUGCAAAAAACCUGGUUAAUGCAGACAGAUGUGCGCUCUUCCAGGUAGAUCACAAUAACAAAGAGCUGUACUCUGACCUGUUUGAUAUCGGGGAGGAGAAUGAAGGGAAACCUGUCUUUAGGAAAACCAAAGAAAUUAGGUUUUCUAUAGAGAAAGGAAUAGCAGGUCAGGUGGCGAGAACAGGAGAAGUUUUGAAUAUUCCGGAUGCCUAUGCAGACCCCCGUUUCAACAGAGAAGUAGAUCUCUACACUGGUGGGACUAUUUUGCAUGUAUAUUUUGCACAUAGACACAUGGGGUGUAUGUGUGUUUGCAUUCAGAUGUAUCACCGGAUAAGACAUUCAGAGUGCAUUUACCGGGUGACGAUGGAGAAGCUUUCGUACCACAGCAUCUGCACGUCAGAGGAGUGGAAGACCCUCACACAACUCUCCCUCCCUUCAGCCAUAUAUAAAGAGAUCGAACUGUUUCACUUUGACAUUGCUCCUUUUGAGGAACUGUGGCCAGCAAUAGUUGUAUACAUGGUUCACAAUUCAUGUGGAAAAACCAGCUUUGAGCAGGAGAAACUGUGUCGCUUCACUAUGUCAGUGCGGAAAAAUUACAGACGAGUUCCAUAUCACAACUGGAAACACGCUGUGACGGUGGCACACUGCAUGUAUGCCAUCCUGCAAAAAACCACUGGGAUCUUCACUGAGCUUGAGAGGAAAGGCUUGCUGAUUGCCUGCUUAUGUCAUGACCUGGACCACCGCGGCUACAGUAACAGUUAUCUACAGAAGUUUGACCAUCCGCUGGCUGCCCUGUAUUCCACAUCCACCAUGGAACAGCAUCACUUUUCACAGACAGUAUCCAUCCUGCAGCUGGAAGGGCACAAUAUUUUCUCCAACCUGACUUCCAGUGAGUAUGAGCAGGUGCUGGAGAUCAUCAGGAAGGCCAUAAUUGCUACAGACCUCGCCUUGUACUUUGGCAACCGCAAGCAACUGGCUGAACUGCUGGCCACAGGGGCGCUGGACCUGAACAACCGUGCUCACAGGGACCGUGUGAUCGGUCUGAUGAUGACGGCCUGUGAUCUCUGCUCUGUGACCAAACUGUGGCCCGUCACACGACUCACGGCCAAUGACAUCUAUGCUGAGUUCUGGACUGAGGGGGAUGAAAUGAAGAAGAUUGGAAUGCAGCCCAUCCCUAUGAUGGACAGAGAUAAAAAGGAUGAGGUUCCCCAGGGACAGGUGGGCUUUUACAAUGCUGUGGCUAUUCCCUGUUACACCACCCUGUCAGAGCUGUUUCCUCCCUCCGGUCCUCUGCUUACAGCCUGCAGGGAAAACCUGGCCCAAUGGGAACGAAUCGUGCAAGGAGAGGACACCUCUGCAUGGGCUUCCACUGACGAGGCUGAGCUGAGCGAGACAUCAGACAGUGUACCAGUAAAAGUGGACAACUGAAUCUGUGGCACCUGUCCCACAGCACCACCUACACCCUGCCAGAGACACUGGUCUUCCUGUGGACAGUCCCACUUCCUGCAGAGACAGGAGGAAGCGCAGAGGGCAAGCGGGGAAGGAUAUAUUCAGAAAAAUAAACAAAACAUAAUGUUACCUCAGUGGGUGACGGAGGCGUACACUCGAAUGACAUCAGGGCUCCUUCGUUGAUGGCUGGGACUCAAGUCCACUCUGUGUGGGAUCACUUCAGCAGAACGGCAGUACUUUUCCUUAGGAGGUGGCUUCUGCAUCAUUUCACUUAGGUGUUUUUUUUUUCUUUUUUUUUCAGUUUCUUUCGUGGUCUUACAUUUGAAGGGGCCUUAAAUACCAACCCGAGUUACGAUCUGGUUGGGUGACUCGUAACUAAGAUGUUUCGUCUAGUUUAAAAUGGUACGUUUUAUCCUGCUGUGGUCAAAAUACGCAAAGCGCACUUGAGUGGAUUUAUUUUUUAAGACAGACAGAAAGAAUAUUUUGUCGCAUUUGAGGUGAAAGA